AUGGGGGGAAGUGAGGCCUGGAUAAAAUUAGCGACAUUGUUGAGAGAAAUGGAGGAUUGUGAAAUGGAGAAAUAUGGUUGGGUAGAAGAAGAGGGCAUAGAAGCAUGUUGGAGAAUUUAUGUUAUCGGAUUGGAUAUUGACAUGGAAGCCAAGAAGGAAGAAGGUGGGAUGGAGACUAUGAGCACGGAUGCCACGAGUGCUAUUGAUUGGUCAGUAGCAGCUAUCCGAGCGGCGCAUUUGCAGGGUGAAAGGGUCUCUUGGACUCCGAGUAUGGCGUACUGGCACGAGAAGCUGCCCACAACACCCAUGCCAGAAGCUCUGAAGGAACUCAUCUCAGCCAACGAUGAGAAAGUGGAGGUGAACGUGGGCAAGGGAGGAGUGAAGGUGAACGUGGGCAAGGGAGGAGUGAAGGUGAACGUGGGGAUGCCUCCGAGAAAAGUUGGGACGCAAAAACAGGCAAAAGGAGUUGGGAGGUGCGUCGCGGGCAUCAAUUACGCUGCAAUUACGCAAAUGCCAAGGGACAUAUCGCUGUGCAUGCUUCUGCUGGAGAAAGAUUUGGUAGGCGGAACCAAAGUGCCUCUCACCUUUCUGCACGAAAGCAUUCCCAAUUCUCAUCAGAAGUAUUUUCUUCCACGCGCCGUUGCAGACGAAAUCCCUUUCUCCUCCGACAAGCUUUCCGUAGCGUUGAAGGAGCUCAACAUAGCGCCAGAUUCCAUCACGGCCCUGGCUAUGAAGGAGACUUUACAAGAUUGUGAAAGUCCUGCUAUGAAGGGCGAAACCAAAUUCUGCCCAACAUCGUUGGAGGCCAUGAUUGAUUUCACCACGUCGAAGCUGGGAAGCAAUCGCUUGACUGUGCUGGCGACGAAUUUUUCAAAGACGUCAAAAUCUGUAAGGCAGGAGUAUACCAUUACGGGAGUGAAAUACGAGAGCAAAGAAGACAAGGCAGUGUAUUACUGCCACAGUUCACAAUAUCCAUAUGCGGUGUAUCUCUGCCACGAUCUGCAAGGUACGAGGACCGCAAGAGUUUGGGUGAAGGGCGAAGAUGGCAGCACGGUGGAGGCGGCAGCCAUCUGUCACACGAAAACCAGUUCCUGGAAUCCUGACAACAUGGUAUUCCAGGUGUUGAACGUGAAGCCUGGUGCCGCUUCUAUCUGUCAUCUCGCUCGCCAAGGGGACGUUUUGUGGCUCACCGCUGACUGA